UAUACACCUCCUAGACUUUGGAUUAUAAUAAUUCAAGACGCUUUCAGAUAUUUGUAUCGUGUUGGAGGCUUGAACAACCCUUUUGCUCAACAAGCCUGGAGCUCGGACCUAAUUUGCCCAGUACUCUUCCUGGAAAUCCUCUGACAAACAAUUGCAGCUCCCCAAGACCAAGACCUCAAUCUAUCAAAUUCUAUCGUUUUCUUUGAUCUAUUCCUGCCAUUCCCAAAUUACACAUACUUGAGUCGUUAUGAGAAUCUCACAUUUGACUUAGCCAUUUUCCAGAUGAUGACAUCCGAAAGGCAGUGGAAAAGAGACUUGGAGAAAGAUAAAGCUAAGCUUGCCGAACUGAACGAACAAUAUGAAAAGAACGAGACGCUUUUGCUCGGAAAUCGUUAUCGUUCGAAGAAGAGUUCGAGAAUAUCUCCAAUGAGAAACAUGCAAGCCUUGGGAGAUGGAAAACUCUUAUCAAUGUAAGUUAUUCAAUUAUUUUUUCUCAAUUCAGAAAUUCAUGGCUGAUAGUUAGUGUAGAGUGCCGCAAAAAAUAGCACUCUGCUAGAGCCCGCUGAGUUUAAGGCACUUGAGCACGGCAAAAGACGGUCAAUUAAGAUUGGUCCCAAAACAAGUGCACAGGAAGUGAAGAAGGCUCUUGCUAUGCACGGUGGAUCUAGGCAUAACGAAAUUAAGAAGAGAGAGAUUGCUGAGUGGAAACGGAAUCAAGAAGAAUUUGGUGCGUGUAUGGUUGUCAGUUUCAUAGACACUUUUUGCUAGUUAUUCCCUACUGAUAGUGCGUACAGGAUAUCUUGAGAAAAGAGAAUCGCAUCCUUGGUUUUAGUUCAAGUGAAAAACAAUUUGACUCCUGCUUCGAUGAAUCAGCCUGCCACCCUCGUGCAGCUCUCGAGCACGUCUUCUACCAUACAUCCUCUCGCAGGCCAUCAUCGGACAAGAGACUUGAGAACGAGAACUCUCAGCUUUUAGAACAACUUAGUACAGUAAAGAGACAGCUUGAAGAUCUCACGGAGGACUACAGAAGCCUUGAGUAUGAAAAGUUCAAACUUGUUCAGGAUAAUUCAGAGAUUUCUGAUUCUUUGAAGUCAACACAGUACCUGAUAAAACAGAUUGCUGAGAAUAGAGACGAGCAUGUUCUAACCAACAGAAGAUAUGCCGGGGAAACAAAGGCUCGAAGCUGCGCUGGAGUCUGCACAGGCGCAGACGAAAACGCAGCCAUGGUGGAACCCGGUAUGCAAAGUCACUUUCGAUGAUACCAAUGGCGACUUGAGAGAGGAGGUCAAAAUUUAUCCAAUUCUUUGGUGAAGAUGAAGUGUAACAGGGAGCCACACGACAUUCUUAGAGAUAUCGGUAUUCGGUCUCGUCUUGAAUUCCUCCGCACCUCCAAGGCGCACGAAUAUCCCGUCAUUCAACACCGCUCGCAUCACAACAUCAUUUCUCCCAGUUGCCCAGGACUCGAUAUCGACUUCCACGCUCCGGGAAUAGGUACUUCGGCAAGUAAUUCAUAUGGAGGAAAUGUCCGAGCUGAUGCGGCAUUACUUAUUAUCAACUCCAGCCACCGUGCAAAGUUCGAAAAAACAUUCCAAACAAUCUAUAGCGUUGCCCUGGACGACUUAAAGCUAGGCUGUAAUGACAAGUUUGCACCGCAAUCUAAGGUAACAGAGAUAGCGAACUUGAGAGGAACGAUGGCACAUCUAGGAUGCUUCACACAACAUACUCCAGAUAAGGACGCAGAUGACAGAUUCUUGACUCUUGCGGAGUAUUGUGAAUCAGAGUUUGAGUGUGCAAUUCAAAGAUCGUCUACAGCUCUCCAGGCUGCGAAAGCAUUCAGCAAUGAUUCGUAAAUUAUUGAAGCCUAACACUCUGCGUGAGAUUUGUGACGCGGUUGUGGAAAGAAGCAAGGUUGAUGGUAGUUAUUUAUGGUAGAGUGGAGAGUUUAUUUGGUACUAGAAAUGAUGUUAGGUGCAUGUACAUUCGUAUGGAAAGGGUGAUUGGCAGUAACUUUACGAGGUUAGAGUUUAGAAUAAUGUGGUUCGGGUACGUACACUGUACCAGCUAGAGUUUCACAUGGAUGGCAGGUUUCUUCUACAGAAUUAGUGCUAAUCCACAUAAUUUCGUCUAAUUCUAUCGAGAAUAAACUGCGGCUAAGUGCCAUUCAAUGAUAGAAAGACGCAAGGUGUGGGACGGUCGGAAUUGUGAAAAAUCCAGAUAAAUAGUUGUAUACAAUUUUUAUUUAUCUGCGGGAGAAAUAUACCCGCUCUAUACCUUUUCCGUCUAUAAUUGCUUCCCAGCUCCAAAUCUGCCGCCGCUAUGUUCCUGCCAGCUCUCCGAUCCUAUACUCC